UCAUACGUGUGCAUUGUGGAUCCCACACCGCCUUCAGCAAGGCCCUCAUUAAGGCUCAUUCAUUCAUUCUGCACUUUGUCGGCUUCCACAUCCGCGCUCAAACUCGAUGUCCGGCACAACUGACGAUGAUGACCACCGCCUCGAAGCUCUUGGGUACAAGCCUUCCUUCCGGCGUGAGUUUUCGAAUCUCGCCACAAUUAGCUUCGCAUUCAGUAUCAUGGGAUUGUGUUCGAGUGUCGCGACGACUCUCAACACACCACUCUUACUCGGAGGUCCUGCUUCCGUUACUUGGUGUUGGUUACUUGGGUCAUGUAUGUGCUUCACGCUUGGGUCCAGCAUCGCCGAGAUAGUCUCUGCAUUUCCAACAUGCGGAGGGCUAUAUACAGCAUCAGCUCAACUCUGUCCAAAGUCCCAUCGCGCUAUCGUAGGCUGGAUCGUUGGUUGGUUAAACAUCCUUGGUCAGGUCGCGGGAGUGUCAUCAACGGAGUUCGGUCUCGCAAACAUGAUAUGGGCUGCAGUAUCAAUAUCUUCUCCGACAUUUCAGCUGACACAAGGCAAGACGGUCGGAUUGUUCGCUGGCCUUCUUAUUGUCCAUGGACUCUUGAAUUCGUUGGCGACGCGGUACCUGGCCUUCGCUACCAGAGGCUUCGUGUUCGUGAACCUCGGUGCAACUAUCGUCAUCAUCAUUGUUCUGCUAGCGACCACGCCUCGUUCAGAGAUGCAUUCAGCGACCUACGUGUUUGGAAGUCAAGGAAUUAUCAAUCAAACGGGAGGUUGGAAUAAUGGCAUCGCUUUUUUGCUCGGUUUAUUGAGUGUACAAUGGACGAUGACGGAUUACGAUGCGACCGCUCAUAUUUCCGAAGAAGUUCGUCGUGCCGCGUACGCAGCGCCUGCUGCAAUAUUCAUUGCUGUCAUCGGAACCGGGAUAUUGGGAUGGCUAUUGAAUAUCGUUCUCAUGCUGUGUUCAGGUCCAAUAGAAAAUCUGCCAGGAAUAUCUGGAUCUGCAUUCUUGCAGAUCAUGGUUCUGCGCAUGGGCACACCUGCAGCACUAUUCCUUUGGAGCUUCGUAUGCCUCACAGCGUUUUUCGUUGCACAAACGGCACUCCAUGCAUGCUCUCGUACUGUCUAUGCCUUCAGCCGUGAUCAUGGUCUCCCCGACAACGGAUACUUUGGUCAUAUAGCGUCUUCUACUAGAACACCACUACGUGCUAUCUGGUUUACUACUGUCUUGUCCAUCCUUCCAGGUUUCCUCGAUCUAGCCUCCCCGAUUGCCGCGAAUGCCAUCUUUGCGCUUACUGCCAUUGCACUUGAUAUGAGUUACAUUAUUCCGAUAUUCUUGCGUCGCAUCUACGCAAAUCACCCUGACGUGAAUUUCCGCCCAGGACCGUUUUACAUGGGACCAGGUCUCCUCGGUUUGGCAGCAAAUGUCACUUGCAUAAGCUGGACGCUUUUCGUCUGCGUCAUUUUCUCGCUGCCCACUGUGUUCCCUGUCACUCAGUUUAACAUGAAUUACGCGUCCGUCAUCGCUGUCGGAGUUGUUUUUCUUAGUGGGGUGUGGUAUGUUCUCAGCGCGCAUCGACACUAUCAUGGACCUUCGUCCAACCUUGAUGCAGAAACCAAAGCUCGGAUCGGUUUGGAGGAAGUUCAACCCGAAUCGUCAUCCAUCAGUGAGAAAGAGAAAGAUCAUACGUUCGUUUCUUCGGACUCUGCGUAGUGUCGUCGCUCUCUCUAUUAAUGUGUUUGGAAGAACAAUGCUCAUGAUUUGGGUACUUCUGCACCGCUUUAUCGCCGCAGUCAUCAGAUAUGGCAUGAUACCGCACACUAGUGCUUGUAUUUCGACUUGUUACCCUGCUACCCCCGGAACUACUUAUAUUUGAAUAUGGAUCAAAAUAUGUACUACCAUUCCCCCCGCGUGGACUGGUCGCCACUUCACGUGAACAGGCGUUCCUGGAA